AGCAUCAUAAAGUGACGAAGAACGUAAACGACGACCAGUCGAUCGAGCAAUACGGACGGCCAUUGCGUCAUCUCAAGGUCGAAAGCGUUGCGUAGUGACCUAUUUGUACGAUGGCAGUUGUAAAGACAAUAUUCGUUUUAACAUUAUUUUAUGUUGUGCUAUGUACAGGUAGUAGAGAAGUUCAAAGAGCUAGAGUGAGUAAGGAGGGACGUUGUCCUGAUGUAAGUCAAAAUAUAGGCAGUGGUGUGUGCUCAAGCGAUUGCAGUAAUGAUUUAGACUGUCAUGAUGACAUGAAAUGCUGUAGCAGUGACUGUGGCCAGUACACCUGUGCUCAACCUGUAGAUGAGGUUGUGUGUGAAAUUCCUUGCCCAAGAAUAUAUCAACCUGUUUGUGGUACUGAUGGUGAAACUUACAGCAGUGAGUGCAUCUUGAAUUUUACUACGUGCACCCGUAAUCAACAGUUUGUUCAGAUGCUUCACGAUGGUCCCUGCACAGAAAACGAUUUAAACAAUCGUGAAAACCAAGCUUCAGCAGGCCCAUGUGCAAUUGAACUGGAAAAAGUGAUGGGAUCCCGAAAAAUGCCGUUGAUUGGAGCGAAGAUCCCACAAUGUGACAACGAAGGCUAUUACAAAGCUAAGCAGUGCUGGGGAUCAGUUGGUAUGUGUUGGUGCUCUGAUCGCAAUGGGAAUGAGAUGUCCAAACCCAAACGAGGAAAACUCACAAUGGAUUACUGCCUACUCAUGAGAGGUACCCUGAAACCAAGCCCCUAGAAAAUGGACAGUAUUGUACUUGUUUACUGUAUGAACAACAGUCUCAGGAUAAACAUUCUAGGUUGAUGUUGCCAUUGAAGAGAGGCUAUAUCCUGGUAAUCCGAUAGCCUAAAGCUGUAGAGUUUCAUUAUGAUAAGACUGCUAGGGUGUUAACUCCAAUGUGUGUAAUGUUUCAAAACUUGCAGUUUUGUAUCGGUACUCUCCUAGUAGGCUGACAGAAAUUCAGCCAACCACAGCCCACCUAGAUAUCAUUUUCAAUGAUCAUCCUUGUAUGAAAGUCUUGAAUGCAGCUAGGCUGCGCAUAUGUUAUGCUUAAGACCUGCUGUGUGACUGUGUGGAAUCGCCUUUUUACGCUGUUCAUUAAUAAUUGUUUUUUAGUUCAUAAUUUCUUUAUUAUAUGAUUCUAUUUUUGUUUUUCAUGUAUUUUUAUGGAUAUUAUAAUUGUUUUUUUACUUUGUAAUUUUAACAGUUCUUAUUAUGGCGAAGAGAAAAAGUUUUCUAUUUACUUACAAUAAGUCCAAUCAUCAUCAUCAUCAUAAUAAUCAUCAUCAUUAUCAUCAUCAUUAUUACUAUUAUGUAUUUUUAAUUACUAGUCCUGUAGGUGGCGGUCUUUCUUUAGCGGCCAUCUUGUAGAGUACCGAUCCACAAAUCUGCAAUGCUUCAUUGCAUAGUUUGCAGGCCCGUUUUAAUAACUUUAUGCCUGGCUAGAACUUAUUCUCCAAGAAGAAGAUAUUUAUAUAAUCCAUUAUAAGCAUACAUUAGCUCCAUUUUUAGCAUGAUUGUUGCAUGUAUAAACGGUGAUUGUAUAUUUUUCAAAGUGUGCAUGCAAUAAGUAAUUACUUUUUAAUCAAUAAAUAAUAAAAUAUUAUUUAACUUUAUUAUUUUUUUUGUAUUAUUGUUUUAAUUAAUAAGAUUAAGAUAUAUUUAAUAAAUUUAUUAUUAAUCAUAUUUCCAUAAAUCGCAAAUUACUGUGCAAAGUUAAACUGCAGAAAAAACACAGAUAUAAAUAAUUACCUACAUCAUUGAUACACAUUUUAUUUUGUUUGGGUGAUGAUUUGAAAUUCCUAAGUGAAGUAUUUUAUGCAGUGAAAUUGAAUAGUUUGGGAGACCUAUUUUGGAAUCCCAUUCCACAAUUAAUUCACCACUAAAUAGUUCUUUAUGUAUGGGAAUAUGGAGUAAAUUUUGCUUAAAUUAACAAUAAUACUAUUAAAGUACAUAUAUAUAAUUAAAAAAAAAAAAGAAGAUAUGUAGAGGAUAACAAAUAGACAUUGUUGUGAUGAUGGGGACAACAACUGUUGAUCGUGCAAUAAGAGGUAGCCCCAUUCUAAGCGACUUACAGUAUAGUAAUUCUUUACCAAAGUUCACUCAUUAUUCACAGAUAAUUAAUAAGUUCUGAAAAGUUAAUAAAGUAUUUUGUAUUAGAAAAA